UAUGGUAAUUUUAUACCACUGAGCUCUGAGCUGCUGAGGUCAGUGUUUGAAGAUCCUCUCCAGAAAUAUUUUGAAAUCACUGAGGAAGCUCUGGUUGAACUGUUGGGCAGUUCUGUCUCCUAGCCCUCAGUCAAGAGCAUGCUGGGAGAUGUAGUGAGGCAGCUGAACCAGGGUCUGUGUGUGCUCGUUGCCAGUGCCUGCCCUCCUCCUGCUCAGAGCCAGGACAGUCCACCUGCUACCAGAGGGUCACGUCUGUGGCCAUCAGGUUUUUGGGGCUGGCAAGUGAGGCUUUGGCUGAUGUGGUGGAUGAAACGGCUUCUCAGGACGUAGACACCUUCCUGGAAAAAGCAAAGUGAUGUCAACCAUUGCCAACAGCAUGGCCAGCUGUCAGGAGAGAAAAAGGGUGUCCAGGAGAAUCCUGUGAGAUCUCGCCUCCAAAAUAACCAACCAGAGCUCAGAGGCUGCAGAGCUGGGGUCCUGCCCUCAACAACUGACUCCACAGGCUGGAGGUGCUGCCGUGGAGGUGGAGACGUUCAGCCUGAGUUCUGACAGUUAUAAUCAGUCAGGAUGUCUUUAUUCUGAGACUGAUAUUUGUAUGAAGCCUUACCCAUUGCUUGUGUGCUCUGACAAGGUCAGCAGUGACCUGCCAGACUUUCAUAUCACCUGUCUUCAGGUACUAAAGGGCCUUCUCGCCAAGUUAUUGGCCUUGGUUUCCCCGAGGAGCUUCAGCCUAAUGACCAGCACACACAGCGCUUCCCUGUCCACCUUGGACUUGAUUGCCUCUGACAUUUUGGACACUGUCAUCAAUGCUUUGAAGAAAAUAUGCCGUAAUGAGAAAACCAAGUUGUUGCAACAACACAAGAAGACGAGAGCAACUGAGGACCGAGUCAAUUCUGCAGCUUUUGAGAUAAAAGCCACCCUGCAGGAGAAACUGCGAGAGUUUUUCAACUGCCACAAAGAAGCUAUGGAGGAAGUAAAGAAGGAGGAAAUGCUAAAGGGCAAAGAGGACAGUGUCUACACUUCUGCUGGAUCAAAUUUACGCCUGUAGUGAUGACAGCGACAGCUCAACACUGAGCAGACCGGAGGUUCUGAUCAGCCAGGACGAGCUGUCCAGCUUCUCCCAGCUGCUCAUGAAGCAUCUGAGUCUGUCCUGUGAUCCCAUCAGUCCCCCAAUAAUAUACAGUGCCUAAAAAUCUAUCCAAAAAUAAUCAUAAAUAAUAAAUGCUGACAUUGUGCACAGAAACCAGCAAGAUGGUGAGGAAGGGUGUAUUAAAACGAUCAGUAAAUGGAGUCUAGUGUCCUUUUGGAGGAGUGGCUGCAUGAUGUGUUUUCUGACUGCCACACAUCAUUGCUUUCCAUAAACUGUAUGUAAAUAUCUCAUAAUAUAUAAGUGUAUUUUAAAUGCAGCUGCCCCUGUCUCAUUAUCAUCAUCUCAUCAUUAUCAAGUCUUGGCUUCUAAGCAGUGCAUAAAGAGCCCCGUUGGAUCCUGCUCUCCUCAGAGCAUCCAUACACAGUAUUUUUCUCAAGAAGUGUCCUAAUAUCUUGCAGUGGUGGCGACAGAGAGCUGCAGAAAUGAGAUCUCUCUCUCUCUCCCUCUCUCUCUCUCUCCUCCAGGGCUACAUCCCGUUAUCUGGGCGGAGAGAGAGAGAGAGAGAGGGCGAAAAUAUCCACCACACUGCUUCAUAGUUGUCACCCACAGCUCCUCUGAGCAGGAACCGGCUAUCUGGUGGUGUUGUCGAGACAUAUUCUGAGGCGAAGAGGGGAGGAUCCAUCAGAACAAAGCGGAAUCGUUAUAGAUUUAUAUAAACACACGGUGGAAAACGGGAUUAUAUUUGCUUUUUUUGUGUGUGCGGUUUUUAGUCUCUGCUUCCUGCCUCUUCGUCUACUGUUGCACUACAGGAGCGCUUAUUGUGGCUGAAGUGAGGAUCCCCUCCUUUUGUGUUGCUCUGCAGUUGUUUAUUCACAGUCCAACUUCUGCCUCCUGUUCCCCCACAGAGGAGGUUUCAUUUCAGUUUUUCUUGUUUCGGCCUAAACGGAAUGAAUGACAAAAACAAAGGAGGUUGAUGUCCAUAACUCUCCGACUCACCUCGUCUUCGCCUCGCCCAAGGAACGGAGACUCCAUCUCCGGCAGAAGAUGGAAAGCGGAGGCGGGACGGAGGGCUCGGACAGCGGGCAGGCGCAGCACGCGGCGGCCGGGCAGCAGCAACACAACCCCCGGCCUGAAACCGCGGAGCUGUCUGCGGUGCUAUCAGCUCCGUCUCCGGGUGAGAAGAAGAAGAUAAACCGGGCUCCGUCCCCGGCCAGACCGAAGGAUGUACCCGGGUGGUCGCUCACGAAGAUCCGUGGAGGGAUUGGGACCCCGACCCUGAGCGUAAAGCCGGGAGCUAUCCACCUUGGUAGCCGCAUUUCCAGGCGAAGCCCCGUAGGAAGCCUCAGUGGAAAGGACGGUAAAGCGGAAAAGAGCGGUGGUGGCAAACCGGCAGGGAAAUCCUCCUUCUCCGCCGCAGCGUUGGCCAAGACCUCGGCGGCCAAGGGGGCCAAAGGCACCGGAGGGCGGAGGAAGGUGUCGGACGCCAGCAUAGGAUCGGAUGAUUUAUCCAAGGACUCUGGCUGCGCCCCCGGGAAGCUCUCCCCCACCGACAGCAGCUCCGAGCUGUCGGACUGCGCCUCUGAGGAAAACAAGCUCUCCACGGACGCUGUGAGCAGCGACGCCGAGUCGAGGAGCAGCCGAGGCGGCGGACUGGACGGAGACAACCCGCUCAGGAAUGGCGCGUCGGCGGAUAGAGCUAACCAACAAGCCGCUGCUAAAUCCAGCAGCUCCUUCGUGGAGAAAGACCGGCUCUCCUUGGGUGUGGAGACCGGGGAAGGGAGCAUCUCCCCCGGAGAGGAGCGCUCCGUCACCUCAUUUGACAGCAGGGUGCCUGCCAGCACGUCCCUGGCUUUCUCAGACCUCACAGAUGAGUUUAUGGACGGGAUGCAUGAAGAGUUUGUCAGGGAAAUAGAAGAGCUGAGAUCAGAGAAUGAUUACCUCAAAGACGAGAUGGAGGAGUUGAGGUCUGAGAUGCUGGAGAUGAGGGACAUGUACAUGGAAGAAGACGUCUACCAGCUGCAGGAACUACGGCAACAGCUGGAGCAGGCAAACAAGACCUGCCGCAUCCUGCAGUACCGGCUGAGGAAGGCAGAGCGGCGCUCCCUCCGCGUGGCCCAAACAGGGCAGGUGGACGGAGAACUGAUACGAACGCUGGAGCAAGACGUCAAAGUGGCGAAAGACGUGUCCAUCCGUCUCCACAGCCAGCUGGACAGCGGGGAGAAGAAGAGAAACCGUCUGGAGCAGGAGAACGAGGAGCUGAGGGUCAGACUGCAAGACCUGGAGGUCGCCAAACAGGUCCUGCAGCAGGAGAUUGACAAGAACUCCCAGAAGAAAAGAGGAGCACGACCCAACAACAAACCUGACAAGAAGCCCGGUCCACAGGAGGACAGUUCAGACCUGAAAUGUCAGCUCCACUUUGCCAAAGAAGAAUCAGCCCUGAUGUGCAAGAAGCUGACCAAACUGGCGAAGGACAGCGAGGCCAUGAAGGAGGAGCUGGCCAAGUUCAGGUCGCUGUACGGGGACGUCAACGCCUCGCUCACUGUGGAGGAGGUUGCUGACUCCCCCCAUACCCGUGAGGCGGAGGUGAGAGUCCACUUGAAGCUGGUAGAGGAGGAGGCCAACCUGCUGAGUCGACGCAUCGUGGAGCUGGAGGUAGAGAACAGGGGGCUCCGAGCCGAGAUGGACGACAUGAAGGGACCACAAGAUGGUCCUCCUGAACUUACUGGUGGUGGUCUGGGGGCGGGACUUGGCCUAGGAGGAGGAGCCAUGGUGCUUGGGGGAGGGGCUUCAUCUGAAAACGUCAUGGAGCUCCAGAGACACCUCCAGUUUGUGGAGGAGGAGGCGGAGCUCCUUAGGAGGUCUCUGAUCGAGAUGGAGGAACAGAACAAACUCCUGAUGAACGAGAUCAACCGCUACAAAUCUGAACUCCCACCGCCGACUUCCUCGCUGUCGUCCAAUUCGCUGACGUCGCUGGCGGACGGGCUGCUCAACGACAGCCCGGUGCACUCUAUACAGGAAGGGGCGGUGCUUAUCAGCACGGACGCCCCGUCUCAGGAGGAAGAGCUCAGAGUGGCGAGGCUUCAGAUCGGAGAACUGAGCGGGAAGGUGAAGAAGCUGCAGUAUGAGAACCGAGUGCUUCUGUCCAACCUGCAGCGCUGUGAUCUGGCCUCCUACCACGCUCCUUCCUCUUCAUCCUCCUCCUCCUCACUACGACUGGCGCUGGAGACGGAUGCAGAAGCUGGAGAUUCAGCUGAGUGCCUCCCUACCAGCCCGCCACACCGCAAGGAGCCAGUAGGGGGCGAGAAUGACGCCCUGGAGAUCAAGGAGCGGAAAAAGAAGAUUGAGGACAACGCUGACAUAACAACCUCACUCCCCGGGUGCCUGGGGCAGAAGGACCAUGAUGCCUUGCUGGCCAUGAGGGACCAGGCUCGCUUGGUUUCCACGGCGAUACAGCUCCUGACCUCCCCAGAGUCAAACUGCCUCUCCUCUUCCCCUUCCAUCUACCACAAGGUCUGCAGCAGCGAGGCCGCAGAGCCGUGUGACCUGGAGAAGCCUCAACCUCACAGCCAGAUAUCGGAGCUGUCUGACCUGGCAGACCGGCCUCUGGUUGGUGCUCUGACCAGCAGGCUCCAGGCCCUACACACCCAGCUACAGGCCUUCGUGGAACAUGUAGACACUCUGGGUAAAUCCCCAGCAGGUGGGAGGGACCCUCAGGUAGAAGGAGCGUCUCCCCUGGCCCCACCUUGCACCUCUCUCUCCUGCUCUGGAAGCGACCUGGACGGACUGAACACUGCCGAGGAGAAGCAGCCUGAUUAUAGGCACCAAUCAGAGCCGGAGGUGAAAAGUGAAACGGAGGAGAACAGCCAAUCAGACAGCAACGAGAUGCAAAACCACAAAACCGGGCAGCUGGAGCAGGAAGACAGGGAGACAGACGAUGCGCUGUCUGUCCAGUCCGGUGACCUCCAGGCCCGGCUGUAUGAAGUAGAAGAGUCUGCUCGAGGAGCUCAGGAGGAGCUGGAGAAGGAGAGGCAGGCUCAGAGAGGAAUCACUCUCAAACUCACACAGCUCCAGGAGGAGAACCAGAAGGCUCUGCUCCGUCGGGACUUCCAGCUGCAGAGUUUGGGGCUCCAGGCUCGCCUUCAGCAGAAGUUGUGGAGCCAGGAGAGGACUCUGCUGGUUCAGGAGUCUCAGCACCUCAAGCAGGCCCUGCUACUGCUCAGCCUCAAGCUACGCUGCUUCCUCAAACAGUGGAGGCUGGGCUGCAAGAAGGACACGGAGUGGAAAGAUGUCUUGGAGAUGAACAGCCUGAAGGACCUCUACCUGCUGUUGGAGGAGGAGAACCUGACAAGCCCCGCCCACCAGACUGACAAGAGGGCCGCUGCGGACGAACAACCACUCAGCCCAACUAUCAAGUCGAGCGCUGUGAGCAGCACCUUGGCGGACCUGAAGGUGGCGCUGCAAGAUCUGAGCGGAGAGCUGCGACAGGAGAGGCAAGGCUCCCAGGAACUCACCCAGCAGUUCGCAAAGGCCAAGGCAUCAUGGGAAGUGGAGAGGACCGAACUAAAGAGCCUCAUCACACAGCUUGAGACCAAAGCAGGCAAAGCGGCGGCGGCGGCGGCCCUGUCCUCCACUGAUGCAUCGGAUCCUCCAGACCUGAAGGUGGCGCUCAAGAGGGAGCGUGAGGAACACCAGCACCUCCUUGCUGAGUCCUACGCAGCCGUGAUGGACCUAACUAAACAGCUUCAGAUCGGAGAGAGAAACUGGGGCAGAGAGAAGCUGGAGCUGCUGGAGAGGUUCAGCCAGGAGAGAGCUCAGUGGGAGCAGAGACUGAGAGAGGCCACCGCACAGCAGGGGAAGUCGAAGUCAUCGGGUGCUGAGUCCUCUGCAGACUCGGUCGUCGCUAAUGGAACAGGGUCGCCAAGGACCAAAUCCACAUCAGACCUGGACGGCCCAGAGGUCAACGGAACAGCCAACCGUGAAGAGAAGUUUUUAGUCCCACCUCUUUUAAUUCGCCCAGAGCUGGGUGACCUCACCAGGAAGAACUGGACCUACCUGACUAAUGAGACCCCAGAAGUCGGGGAUACCUGUAAAACCUGGGAUGGUCCGAGCGGCUCCUGCAGUAGCUUAGUGGGGUCGGAGCUGGAUCUGGAGUCUGUCCAGAGGAGCUACACUGCUCCUGACCGCACCGGCAUUCGGAUCUACUACAGCCCUCCCGCCGUACGGCGCAUGGAGCACCGAAGAAGGAACCAGGAGGUCAGAGAGCCUCAGCAGGCCCUGAACGGGAGAUCUUUCCUGGGAUUGAGUGGCUCAGGCGCAGACGUAGCUGCGGUGGAAACCCUGGAGGUUCAGCAACAACAACCCUCAUCUUCCUUUUCAUCUUCGUAUGAGCAGUGGCUGAGCUCACUGUCCAAGCAGCACAGGGAGCUGCUGGAGAGCAGAAGCGGCUGCUUCACCAGUACGAUCCCCAGUGUCGUCAACAACGGCGUCAGUGGCUCAGCCAGUAGUGUGGUUGACGGGAUGACAUCUUCGUCAGCUUUCCACGGCCUGGAGAUUGGAGAGAUUUCAGCUAACUUGAGUGACGACAUGAAGGAGAUGACCAACUGUGUCCGCCAGGCCAUCCGCUCCUCCUCUCUGGAGAGGAAGUCCAGCAAGGAACCAGGAAGCCAAGUUGUCGGCAUGUCCACCAGGUCCACGCAGACCGCUGCCCAGUACGUUAGCAUCGGGCUUCAAACCGACAACCUUCCCAGCAGCAGGGGGGCAGGUUUACACUCCAAAGCCUGGUCUCCCCGUCCCUCAUCAACAACCACCUCUUCUUUAGCGUCGGCCCGAACUCGGCAGAUAUCAACAUCACUGGAUAAAGUUCACAGCCGCAUCGAGAGGCCAUGCUGUUCACCAAAAUACGGAUCACCGAAACUACAACGCAGAGUGUCUUCUGGUUCCACCUCCAGAUUGGAUGGGACUUCCUCCUCCAGGGACCGCAGCCUGUGGAGCCUCCAGCAGAGACCCAUUAGUGGAGGUGGAGGUUCAGCCUGGGCUCGCUCCACCACCACCAGGGACAGCCCCGUCCUGAACGGCCUCACCGACGGCCUCUCCAGCCUCUUCAGCGUGGUGGAACACUCUGGAAGCACUGAGUCACUCUGGAGGGGUGACGGAGGAGCCAGCCAGGGUGCCAGUCCAGCACGGCACCCUCCUGCCGCAGGAAAACCCUCCGUCGGGGCGGUCUGUGGACCCGAGUCCGGAUCCCAGCGGUACGGAGGCCUGGUCCAAGAGUUCUUCAAGAAUGUCUGCAGUAGCCGUAGCCAGGGAGGUGUCACCCUGCCUGGAGAGAGGGGGGCGUUCAGCAGCGUCGAUGAGCCAAAGCCAGAAUGUGUGCCGGCUGGGGUCGGAGGGCUUGGAGCCUUGGCUGGAUUGGGCGGAAGCAACGACAACGUGACCAGGAUUGUUAAUAAGAGGUUUAUGAGACAGACAGCCGGAGAGGAGAUGGUCAGUAUCAUGGGAGGAGGGAAGGAAACGACGGGCAACGCCGGGGCUGCAGGAUCUGGGACGGAGGAUGCACCCUGUGACUGCGCCGCCCAGUCUUCCUGCAUCGCCCGACCAUCAAGAGCAGCCACUCGCCAUUCACUCAGCCAGUGCAAACACCGCCCACAAGAGUCUCCGGCAGCGACCGAGGAGAAGGGAGACACCUGCAACGAGUGACGACACUUCUACUGCCACAUGCAGCACGCACACACAUACACACACACACACACACACACAUUAAGCAAUACUGAUUCUUCACAAACACUGCACACCACUGCCAUGGCAACACACUUUCUCACAUCACCAGAUGUACAUACACACCUACACGCUGCCACACAGGCCCACUGCCAAACAUAACACACACUGCUAACACGCUGCACAGACUGCCCCACAAACCCACUGCCACAUACACACAUUCACAGAAACACACACACACACACACACACACACACACACACACACACACACACAGAACCUGGGCAAUAUCACACUUGUCAUGGACUGUACCAUUCAGGUGCCAAGGACAAGGAGGACUGAAACUCCAACCAAGCAACAGACUCAACCAUCACAAAACUACCAGCAGGACAGAAAACAUAGACACACACACACACACAUAGUCUUACACAGUUAACUACACAAGAACACAUCUACGAACUCAAGACAGUCUAACAAGUAAAACCAUGAUGUCAGGACUGGACCUACUAAACCCCUCCCCCUCAUUUAAACAGUAUAACAGGUACUACAAAUGGUCAAUUUUUGACUUGAAAAUCCACCUUAAUGACGCCAUCUUGCCACCAUGCAGUGGGACCAGCAGUUAUGUUGGCUUUACAGACAAGCAAGGAGAAAGUAAGGAUGCGGUCCCAGUUUGAAUAUCCAUUGAAAGUGCAUGUGUGACUUUGGGAGCUAUGAAACCAGAGAGGAGACAUCCAUCACAGCUGAAAAGAUCUUUUAUGUCCCGCUAGCAAGUCAGAAACGUAAUCUGGUGGAAAGCUUCAAUGAUUUCUCCAGAGACGAUUUCUCCAAAUGACAUCUCCGAACCUCGUCAUAUACACACAUGCUGUGCUGGGAAAUGCAGUCAUGCUCUUUUGAUUGAUUAGCACAAUAACAUUCCAGCGAGUGUCUCCACAUCUUGAUGACACAUCUGCUUCAGUUGCAAACUAGUGUUCGAUGCGCCUCCUAUCAGAUAACAGAAGGAGGAACUCAAGGACUACUGAACUACAUAUUCCAGCAUGACCAGACUUGGACUCCAUUGAUGGAUGCUUGGACUUGUCAACUUUCUCAGAGUGGACCUCCUACCAUUGUUCGCUAUUGGCUUUGUUGUCUAGUAGCAAACCUUAAGAAAAGGCUGUCCAGGCUCAUGUAGUUGUAAGCAGUCCACUGUGUUCCCAGCAGGACUUUAGCUACAAAUACGGGGACAUUUUGUGGCAUUGUAGCCAUGUCUUAAACCUUGUAGACGUAAGAAAAACUAUUUCAAAGUUGUUACCCUCCAGAGUCUGAUUGGGAUUAUGUUUUGGUUUUAAAAUAUUACAGCAGGCAAAAAGUGCCUGAUUGUUACUCUUUUUUUUUUUUUUAGAUAUUUCUUCACUGAUGUCAAAAUUCAUCCUCAAACCAGGUUGAUGAUCUGAUGAGGACGUGUGGUGUUCAGUCCUACAACACACUGUCUUGAAAAAUUUCAGUUGCUUACACUGAUUGGGGACCAUUUGUGAUCUGCAGAUUUCACAUGCCAUGAGAUAAAGCUGCACAGAUAAUCACUUUUUUUCACUUGUUGUAACAAUUUUUUCAAAGCGCCUCAAUCGCUUGUUUGAGGUUAUGUGACAGAAGCCCAAACCAACAUGCAAAAUUAAUUACAUCUAUGUUCACUCUGUAGAAAAAGUACAGAAAAUCAAUUACGUUUCGAGUCACAUGGGACUUUUGGAAUCUGGUUUACAUAAAUUAGAAAUAUUAUGAUAAUGAUAACUUACAAAACAUGAUAUUGACCUGAUACUUAUCUCUACCCUCAGUGUGCUAAAACACAGUGUGUCCAAAGCCAACUCAAAAAGCUAACACUAUUUUCUUUGGAGAAAACCGUACCAUACACCAGAAACCGUCAUUAGCUCCGGUCUUUGUCCAAGUAGAUUUCAGUCAAUGCAUUCCUUUUAUUUCAUAAGUUUGAGAGUCUUUCCCAGAUGUGUACGUGUGUUUGUACUGUAUGUGCUUUCAGUUGUAUAAUUCUCUGCAUUCUGGUGUAGCAGUGCAGCAUUCCUCAGUCUAGUGAAGAGGAAUGCUUGUAGUCUCACUCACAACUGUCUUUGUGUUUUAGUAUUUAUACACUGACGGUGUAGCUACUGUACAAACCCUACACACAUUUUGAAAAUGUAGCAUUAUAACAAAACCUUAGAUCAAAAAAUUGACAAACUAAGAGCUGUGACUGUCCAUCUACAGCCAGAGUAGUAGAAGCACUGAAAGAUUUCACAUAUUUUAAGAGAUAAAUUAUGAAAUAUUUUAUCCACGUAAUGCGAUACUUUGAAAACUUUAAUUAGUCAAGCUGUUUCACUAAAUAAAAAAUGUCCAUCAUU